AUGGUGCAUCAGAUGCAGGGUACCUACCCACCUCCCCAACAGAAUGAUGGAAGUAGGGGUUUCCGAGAGUUUUAUCGUAUGAACCCUCCCGAGUUCCAUGGUGAUCUGGACCCACUCAAAGCUCAUGAUUGGCUCACCAGUAUUGAAAGGAUCUUUGAGGUGACACCGUGUUCAGAGGAAGACAAGGUGGUUUGUGCUACACAUAUGUUGCGAGGACCAGCCGCUCGGUGGUGGAUGAGUGCUUCCGCCAGGAUGACUACUUUAGGAAUUGAUAAGACGUGGGAGCACUUUAAGGCAGCAGUAUUGGAAAAGUACUUCCCAGAUAGCAUGAGGGCUCAAAAGGAACUAGAAUUUCAAAUGUUGCGCCAAGGUUCCAUGACUGUGGCUGAAUUUGCGGCAAGGUUUGAAGAUAUGGCGACGUAUUCUAACCAAGCUUUCUAUGCCCCGGAUGAAUGUUGGAAGAUUAACCAGUUUAAGAUUAGACUCCGAGGGGAGAUAGAUUAUUGUGUGGGGCAGCAACGCUAUAACACUUAUGCUGAAUUGCUUGAACAUUGUUAUAUUGCUGAGCAAAGUCUGAAGAAGAUUGAACAAGAGAAGGAACAAGCCAAGCCAAGUCAGGAGGAACAUAGAAGGACAAAUCAGCACUUAAGGCCAAAGGGAUCACCAUCCGAAGGGAAGCAAAAUCAGAAUGUAAGACCGUCACGCUCGCCCUUUUGUGGUAGAUGCAAGCAAAACCAUUUUGGUGGCUGCACGAUUAACAUAGAUGGAAAGUGUUAUACAUGCGGCAAGGAAGGGCAUUUCGCUAAGAAAUGUCCAGAUAGAUACCGUCAAGGGGGAAACGCAGGAAGGGUGUAUACUCUUGACGCGAAGAAGGCGAAGGGCAACAACGAGUUAAUUGCUGGUACGUGUUUAGUGAAUAACCAGACAUGUCUUAUUUUGAUUGAUUGUGGAGCAUCACAUUCCUUUAUUUCACCACAGUGUGUUCAACGUCUCGGGUUAGAAGCUGUACCCUUAGAUUCUCCGAUGGUAGUUGGCACGACAGUCGAUGGUAAUGUAGAAACUUCUUGGAAGUGUGAUGACUGUGUCGUGACUGUUGACGAUCGAGUUUUCCUAGUAGAUUUGAUUUGUCUACCGCUAAAGAGGGUGGAUGUGGUUUUGGGAAUGGAUUGA